ACAUAUAUCUAUAUAUAUAUAUAUAUAGUCAUAUAGAUAUAUAUAUAAUCAUUUCAGAUGCUUCCUUGCAGGCUUUAAUUCAUGUUUUCCAUGAAUAAGCAUUAAAAAGGCAAGCAAAUACACGAGGAAUCCGUCACUAAAUUCACGGUCAAGAUCGAUCCACCUCAGCUUUAAGAUCCGAUUGUACACGAAUCCCAACGCAAAGCGUGUGCACCACAUCGCCGUACAUACCCACCCACAGGCCUCGUUCUCUCCUUCAUCUCCGGCUCAAUGACUCCAUUGGAUCUCGUCUCCUCCCCACUCCCAUCCUCUAAAAAGACCAAAAUACCCCUCCUUCCCAUGUCCACCGGCGACGUCGCUGCGGUCGCCGGCGCCGGUGAAUCGGAUGCUCUGCUCCCGUCCGUUGAGAACGCCUACGAAUCCAGCGAGAAGAUCUCCAUUGCGAUCUCUGAUGACGACGAGACCGACGCUGAUUCCGUCCCUUCGUUCUCUUGGCGCAAGCUUUGGCUUUUCACCGGGCCGGGGUUUCUCAUGAGCAUCGCGUUUUUGGAUCCUGGAAACCUUGAGGGAGAUCUUCAGGCUGGGGCGGUGGCUGGGUACUCGUUGCUGUGGUUGCUGCUCUGGGCUACGGCGAUGGGGCUUUUGAUACAGUUGUUGUCGGCGCGGCUUGGGGUGGCUACUGGGAAACAUUUAGCGGAGCUUUGCCGGGAGGAGUACAAGGGGUGGGCUGGCGUGGCGCUGUGGAUUAUGACGGAGCUUGCUUUGAUUGGGGCUGAUAUACAGGAGGUGAUUGGGAGUGCGAUUGCCAUUAAGGUUUUGAGCCGUGGGGUGCUGCCUCUCUGGGCUGGUGUGGUCAUCACGGCUUCUGAUUGCUUCAUUUUUUUGUUCCUUGAAAACUAUGGAGUGAGAAAACUAGAAGCUGCUUUUGCUGUGCUCAUUGGAACAAUGGCAUUUUCUUUUGCUUGGAUGUUUGGGAAAACGAAGCCUAGUGGAACAGAACUUCUACUUGGUAUUUUGAUUCCAAAAUUAAGCUCAAAGACCAUAAGGCAGGCUGUUGGAGUUGUAGGGUGUGUCAUAAUGCCCCACAAUGUAUUCUUGCAUUCCGCUCUUGUACAGUCAAGAAAAAUUGAUAUCAAUAAGAAGAGCCGCGUUCAAGAAGCACUGAACUAUUAUUCUAUAGAAUCGACUAUUGCCCUUAUUAUCUCAUUUAUGAUCAAUUUGUUUGUCACUACUGUUUUUGCAAAGGGGUUUUUUGGCAGUAAAGAAGCUGAUAAUAUAGGUCUUGAGAAUGCUGGACAAUUUCUACAAAGUAAAUAUGGGGGAGGGCUAUUUCCAAUUCUUUAUAUAUGGGGAGUUGGAUUGUUAGCAGCUGGGCAGAGCAGCACAAUAACUGGCACCUAUGCUGGACAGUUUAUUAUGGGAGGAUUUCUCAAUCUUCCAUUGAAGAAGUGGCUCAGGGCAUUGAUUACUCGAAGUUUUGCAAUUAUCCCAACAAUAAUUGUUGCUUUAUUUUUUGAUACUUCUAAUGCCGCGUUGGAUGUUUUAAAUGAGUGGCUUAAUGUUCUUCAAUCAGUUCAGAUCCCAUUUGCUCUCAUUCCACUCCUAACUUUAGUGUCAAAAGAAGAAGUCAUGGGGGUUUUUAAGAUUGGUCAUGUUAUGAAAAUGGUGACAUGGACUGUUGCUGCAUUGCUAAUAAUCAUAAAUGGAUACCUUUUGCUGGAAUUCUUCUCAUCAGAAGUACAUAGCAUUUUGGUUGGUUCAAUUGUCUGUGUUGCCAUAACUUUGUACGUGGCAUUUAUCGUUUAUCUCAUUAUGCAUGGCCAAGGUCUAUCCUCACAAAAUUUGGCAGCAGGCUUCAAAAGAUUUGUAGGUUCAGAAAACUGAAGAUAAAUUUCUCUGUUCCAUUCUUGAAAUCCGGCUUCGAUGCUGUACAGUAUGUCAAAUUACAAGCCUUUCAGAGGCCAACUCUUGAUCGAUCGAUGAAUUGACAGACUGCUUCUUUGCUCAAGAAAUCAUAAGGGCCGGGUUUUGUGCUAUAAUAAUAAUGCACCCUUUUGAGUUAUAGAUACCAGUGUUGCAGAAAAGUAAAAACAGAUAAACAGAGGGAUUUUGUUCAGAUACUAGAAAACUUUAGUUAUACAUUUUUUUUCUCACCAAAUUCAGGUGCUACCUUUUUUUGUUAUAUAUGUAACUUCAAUGGUUUUGUUUUCUUCCAAUUUGUAACAUUUUGCAAAAUUUCAAUUUUAUUUAGCAGAUAACGUUAGAUGUGAUGGUUCUCUCAUGUGUUAUUUAGAUGU